UUGCAACGGGCACAGACUACUGGGCAGCAACACCAGAGCCACGGCGGGACUUACCAUGAAGUUUUUCGUUUGCAGCGCUGUCCUCCUCGCCAUUGCUUUCACUGUGUCCAAUGCUGGCUACCACGGAUAUGGAGGACACGGUGGCCAUGGUGGCUAUGGCGGGCACGGCGGCUAUGGUGGACAUGGCCACGGCGGGUACAGCCAUGGCAUCACGCACUUCUUCGACAACCAGCGUGCCCAUUACGGACAUGGCGGCUACGGUCACGGAGGUUACGGCCGCGGAGGAUACGGAGGUCAUGGAUACGGUGGCUAUGGACACGGCGGAUACGGCGGAUACGGUGGUCACGGCUACUAUGGCUAAGGCUUCGGUUGACACUUCUAUGCGGAGAAACUCCAGAAGUUGUUGUACGGUCUGUGAAUAGGAAAAUAAAUGCAUUGUGUUUCAAAAGCAAGC